CGACCGGCGUGCUGCGUCACGGCAGUGCGCCGGAAGUGGCUGCGGAUUUCGCCAGAAAUCCCGGAAGUGAGAGCUUUAGGGUUUUGCUGCUGGGUCUGACUCCUAUCUUGCGAUGGGUUGCGACGGGGGAACAAUUCCCAAGAGGCAUGAACUGGUGAAGGGGCCGAAGAAGGUUGAGAAGGUUGACAAAGAUGCUGAAUUAGUGGCCCAAUGGAACUAUUGUACUCUAAGUCAGGAAAUAUUAAGACGACCAAUAGUUGCCUGUGAACUUGGCAGACUUUAUAACAAAGAUGCCGUCAUUGAAUUUCUCUUGGACAAAUCUGCAGAAAAGGCUCUUGGGAAGGCAGCAUCUCACAUUAAAAGCAUUAAGAAUGUGACAGAGCUGAAGCUUUCUGAUAAUCCUGCCUGGGAAGGGGAUAAAGGAAACACUAAAGGUGACAAGCACGAUGACCUCCAGCGGGCGCGUUUCAUCUGCCCCGUUGUGGGCCUGGAGAUGAAUGGCCGACACAGGUUCUGCUUCCUUCGGUGCUGUGGCUGUGUGUUUUCUGAGCGAGCCUUGAAAGAGAUAAAAGCGGAAGUUUGCCACACGUGUGGGGCUGCCUUCCAGGAGGAUGAUGUCAUCGUGCUCAAUGGCACCAAGGAGGAUGUGGAUGGGCUGAAGACAAGGAUGGAGGAGAGAAGGCUGAGAGCGAAGCUGGAAAAGAAAACAAAGAAACCCAAGGCAGCAGAGUCUGUUUCAAAACCAGAUGUCAGUGAAGAAGUCCCAGGGCCAUCAAAAGUUAAGACAGGGAAGCCUGAAGAAGCCAGUCUUGAUUCUAGAGAGAAGAGAAACAACUUGGCUCCCAAAAGCACAGCAACAAAUGAGAGCUCUUCUGGAAAAGCUGGGAAGCCUCUGUGUGGAGCCACAAAGAGGUCCAUCGCUGACAGUGAAGAAUCCGAGGCCUACAAGUCUCUCUUUACCACUCACAGCUCCGCCAAGCGCUCCAAGGAGGAGUCUGCCCACUGGGUCACCCACACAUCCUACUGCUUCUGAAGCCCGCACUGCCACCGCUCCUGCCCCAGAAGGUUGUUUAGUUUCCACGUAGGCAGGUCGCUGUGCACCUCUGAGUGCACUGCUGUGUGUUCUCUCUAUAGCUCUGUGUCAUAAAGCUGUCCUGGCCAGCCUUCCAGCUGGUGUGGCCACUCUUGCUGUGAGGCAUGUGGGUUCCAGGGGAGACAAUGGGGCGGGCUGCACAGUGGCCCGAGGUUAUGCUUGCUUCCCCCUGCAGGUGCAUUUGGUCCUUUCCACGGCCAGGAAGCCCUGUGGGCUGCACUUUUUAUGCUUGCAGUAACAAAAGACUCCGGAGUCCUCACCGGUGCAGAGUUGGCACAUAUUAACUAAAAUUCUAAUGAUCUUGCUACCAGCAGUAAAUCAAGUAGGCCAAGUGAAACUGGGCUUUAGAAAGGAUGGAUUUCAAAUACACUGUGCCCACUAGAAGUUUGAAGGGCCUCGUCCCUCUGCUACAGCCCUGGGAGGAGCCAGGAUCCUUGUUGGUCUAGCUGAAUACUAUUAGGAGAGUGUGCCCCAUCUCAUCAUUUCGAAGAUAGCAGAGUCUUACUUGGGCACCCAGUGAUUGGGUUCAAAAAUAAAGCUGGUCUGCCUCUUCUCU